UCCGCCUCCUCCUCUCCUCCAGCCGCGGCUCCAGGCGGCGGGCGAGAGCGCCUCCCCCGCCUAGCUCUCCCCCUCCCUCCCCUCGCUCUCUCCCAGCUAACUUUCCCGAGCCCCGACCGGCGGCGCAGAGCUCUCCCGCAACCUAGGGGCCGACUGCAGAACGCUGGAGGAGAGAGCGGCUGUGCGGGAUAGCCCAGCCCCGCGCCCUCCCAGUGCGCUCCGCAGAGGACAGGACGAUGUCCGGGGCUGGGGAUCGAGGCAAAGCCCCGGCGAGAUGGCUGGGCACUGGGCUUUUGGGUGUCUUCCUGCUCCCUGUGGCCCUGUCGCUGGAGGUAUCCGUGGGCAAGGCCACCACCAUCUACGCCGUCAACGGCACGGAGAUCCUGCUGCCCUGCACCUUCUCCAGCUGCUUUGGCUUCGAGAACCUGCGCUUCUGGUGGACCUACAACGCCAGUGAUUCGUACCGGAAGCUCAUUGAAGGACUUGUGAAGAAUGAGAAGUCAGACCCCAAGGUGAUGCUGAAGGACAAUGACCGCAUCUCCCUGGAGGGCACCACCAAGGAGAAGAUGAACAACAUCUCCAUCCUGCUGCGCAGCCUGGAGUUCAGUGACACGGGAAAGUACACCUGCCACGUGAAGAACCCCAAGGAGAAGGACUUCCAGCACCAGGCCACCAUCUUCCUUCAAGUCGUCGAUAAGCUGGAGGAGGUGGAUAACACGGUGACGCUCAUCAUCCUGGCCGUCGUGGGCGGGGUCAUCGGGCUGCUCGUCUUCAUCCUGCUGCUCAAGAAGUUCAUUGCUUUCAUCCUCAAGAAGACCCGGGAGAAGAAGAAGGAGUGCCUGGUGAGCUCCUCCGGGAAUGACAACACAGAAAACGGGCUGCCGGGCUCCAAGGCUGAAGAGAAGCCACCCACCAAAGUGUGAGCCCUGCCGCAGGCCGGGCAGCCACAGGGAGCUGCGCCUCGUGGGGAUGCAGCUGGUCUUUGCACCCCGUCUGUCUGUAGAACCCAUGUGCCUGAGACACCUGCUGCUUGGCUCAAACUGUAGUCUUUCUGGACAGGGAGGAACCGGGGUGUGUCUGUCCUGCCCUACCCCUCCCCAGCCAGGGCUGCUCCCCAGGGACGGAGGCUGGUGGUAGGGUGGGGAUGCCGAGGAAGGACAAGAAGCAGGAAAGCAGGGAUGGACAGACUGCUCUCCCAACAUCUGGGGAGAGGGAGUCUCCCUCCGUCUCCUUGGACUUGGGUUUUCUUCCUAGUUUCCCUGCAAAAGGGGCUGGAGGGAUGGUGAGAACUGACCUAGGAGCUAGCCCUGGAGGUGGUGGGAGUAGGCUGGGGCAGGGACUGCUGG